AUGACUACCCAGAUCCCCUCUAUCUACAAAGCCGUCUUCCUCUACUGGGACCCCCCGUGCGCGCUAUGGGGCGCCUUCAUGUCCUUCUUCACGCGCGACUGGAUGCUUGACCAGUUCUUCCUCGAAUCCCACACCGGAACGCGCGAUGCAGCCCACGAUCUCCUUCUAUACCAGGGCGGCGGAGCCAUGGUUGGCUGUGCCAUCCUCAACGGCGUCCUCCUACGAUAUACAAAAGACAUCGGUGUGUGGAAGAUCGCCCAAGCAGCUAUUCUAGCGAUCGACCUUUCACUUCUUGCAGGCACCUUCGAGGUGUUUGGGAACCAAGGUCGCCUGUCCCCGACCACGUGGCAGGCCGGGGACUGGGUGGGGAUGAUCAUCACGAUUGGAGUGACGAUUGCGAGGGUCUCGUUUCUUGCGGAGGUUGGCUUCAAGAAGCAGAAGACUAAAUAA